AUGAUUGAUACCCUUGCUAAACCAGUUUUCACAAUAUUUGAAAAUAGCAUAAGAACAGGAACUCUACCAAACGCUUGGAAGACAGCAAACAUCACAGCAAUUUUCAAAAAGGGAGACAAAAAGUAUGCUGGCAACUACAGGCCAGUCAGUUUAACCAUUAUUGAAGUUACGAGAAGACACAACAACAAGGGAGAUGCCAAGAAGCUGUUCAAGCAUAGACCUACACUUGGCAUUAGAAAAUUCACUUUCGGUCACAGAGUGGUCGACAUAUGGAACUAUCUACUAGAAAGUGUCAUCAGUGCAAAGACAGCGUUAACAUAUGAAGUACGACUUGACAAAUACUGGCAUACACAAGAUAAACUGUAUGACUUUGCAUCGGACAUUGCAACCUGA